CGAGAGCGGCGCCAUGCUCGGGUGCUGCACCCUGGCCGCGGCUCCCUGAACCAAGCAACCGGCUGCCGGAGAGACUUAACAAGGACAAUGGCUGGCAAAGCUGAAUUUAAGAGCACUGCAUCAGGCUUUUUGGAUCAGUUUUUUGACCGCUUCAAGUCAAACACGAUGAGUGACAGAAGAAUGAAGUACCCCUACACCUUCUCUGCCAAGAUUGUUUCCUUCCCUUAUAAUUACCACAUCAAGAAUGUAUGGCUAUUCAAGUAUUACAUUAUUGGAGUGGGACUUAGCCUCCCUUUGUUCUACAAGAUCCAGCAACUUGCAUGCUCUCCAGCUAAUGUACAAAAGUUUGCGGAUAAGGCAGCGAAGGAGGCAGCACAGCAUGGGCAUUAAAUUUGCCUAAAUUUCAAGCUUCACCUCGGCUCUGUGAAAAUAUUCCAUGCUUCAAAUUUGAGUUUCAGUGGUCAUGUAUAAAGUGUAUGGAUAAUAAAUUGUAGAUUUACU